AUGUGGCUCUUCUCUUCCGCGGCCGCCAACGCGCGGCCGUCACCAUCCAUGGCGGCAUCGCUGCCGUUGGAGCGGCGCCUGAUUCGUGUCAGCAAGGCAGACAUUAGCCGCGUCACCGCGGACGACAUCAAGCGCGUGAGCGCCCGCCUCACGAACGACGAGCUCAUCACCUCACUGCGGCUUAUGGUUGAGACGAACCGAUUUGCCGAUGUGCUCGCCUCGGCAUCGUCCUCGGCCUGGGCGGAGGCGGUCUCGGAGGUGACGGAGGCGCGAAUGGGGCUGAGCAACAACGUGAUGCGGGACCGCAUGAGUCUCCUGUACAACAUCUUGCCGUACGUAUCGGACGACUUUCUCAGUACCAUGGGUAGCUCCUACUCGGACGACCCUUAG